CCCAAAGCCUAGCACUUGGGGCGGAGUCCCGGCAGUUUGAAAGUCUAGCGCGCACCCUGGAGCGGCGGUUUGGCCUGCAACUGGGAUGUCGGUGUUGAGACCACUGGACAAGCUGCCUGGCCUGGACAGUGCCACCAUCUUGCUGGUGGGCGCGGAGGAUGCUCAACUACAGCAGCUAGCGGACUCGAUGCUCAAGGAGGACUGCGCCUCCCAGCUGAAGGUCCACUUGGCAAGGUCCCUCCCAUUGCCCACCAAUGUGAGUCGGCCCCGAAUUGAUCUGAUUGUGUUUGUGGUUAACCUUCACAGCAAAUACAGCCUCCAGGUCACAGAGGAGUCCCUGCACCAUGUAGACACCAGUUUCUUCUUGGGGAAGGUGUGCUUCCUCGCCACAGGCGCUGGGCAGGAGAACCACUGCAGCAUUCAUCGGCACACCAUUGCGAAGCUGGCCCACACCUACCGAAGCCCACUGCUCUUCUGUGACCUGGAGGUGGAGAGCUUUCGGGCCACCAUCGCACAGCGCCUCGUGCGCAUGCUCCAGAUCUGCGCUGGCCACGUGCCUGGUGUCUCGGCGGUGAACCUGCUGUCCCUGCUGAGGAGCUCCGAGAGCCCCUCCCUCGAGGAUCUGUGAGGGCCAGUGGCCCCUGAGCUAACCUUCCCCAAAGCCUGGUGCCAGCUCCGUCGUUGUUGGCAGGGACACCUCAGGGCUUGCUGGGCCCUGGGUCAGCUGCAGUGCUCUCGCAGGUUGCCGGCAGGGAGGGUGCAUAGCCUGUGCCAGAGCUUUGUGCCUUUAACUGCCAAACAUGUGACAUUGCUACUUAAGAUUUUGUUUGAACAAAAGGGUCUGCGGCUGAAAAAAAUUU